UAGAGUUUCCUCCGCCGCCCACCACCCCCGCCACCACCACUACGGACUGGGGUGCCAGUAUUGAGCUUGUCGACGCCGUUAGCGUUUAUCCCAGUUUAUGCUGGUCGUGAUGUAAACCGUGAACACUUCUUGACGAACUGCGCUUCCUUUCGUUGUAUUGUGGAAUGCCAUAUUCGUGGUUAUGCGCUCUUCACAGCGGUUACCGGAACGAUACUACGGUUUCUGCAAGAGUGGUAGAAUUUGACGACGAUUGACUUCGGCCACUGCUCUUCACUGGGAAAACAAUGGUGAUGAAGCAAUCACUGACGGCACUAUGGACCACCGUGUUUCGUGUUGCAUGCUAUACGAUCGUCUGAGUCACCGGAAAGAACGAUGCAAAAUUGAAAAGUCUUUCGGUAUUUUUAGACCGCAGUGGUUUUGUGCGAUGUAAGUAAGCUAGCGCAAAGCGCGCGGUUCCUCAGCGCCAUCAUCUGGCUUGCAGCAUCUCUUUGUACUACUAAAACGCGGUCAUGGAAACCCGCGUAUUCAUAAACAUCGAUGUGGAGCCGUUUUGUACAAAACUUGUUUUCCCCGUUGGUGUCCCAGCAGCUGGCUAUGUUCGGAUUAUUUUUGGAGAUUUUGCUAAAACUUGCUCGAAGUACAGAGUUGAAAAUGGUGGUGCGGCCAAUUGUGAAAGUGACAGUGCGACAGCUGUCAAUGACAAAGUAUUCGUACGAUCACCAUCUGUUGACGGGGAACCUUUAUGCACAUUAAAGACAGCAGCUUUGCCCGAUGACUUGAAUGACGAUUCCGUUGCGGCGGAGGAGCCGGAGGAACCGAAGGAAAUUUGCGAGGAGCUUGCACCUCAGGUACCUGAUCCGGAGGAGCCGAAUGAACCCUCAGAAGCCCAGUCGAAUGCCGCGCCCGCAAAUGAGCUUUCCAGUGACCGGCGGAAACAAAAGAAUCCUAUGAAAAUACGGUUAAGGACCGGGCCUCUUUCACCAUUGCCUGAUGCCGCACGAAGGUCGAGCCGGACUCGCAAUGCAGCUACCGUUCGUUACGUAAGCAGUAGUUCAGAUGAUGAUUUUAAUCGUGACAGCGGGGACUCCGAUUGGAGCGGGUCUGAUGAAUCGUACGAAAAGGCUCCAAAGCUCAAACGGACUAGGAGGGUCUCAGCACCAGUAAGAAGGGUGUCAACUGUUGGGAGAAAAGCGACGGCAUCAAGGAAAUCGUUACCGGCCAAGAAAGUAUCAACACCUGCAAAAAAAUCGUCCGCGCCUGUGCGGAAACCUACAGCUCCGUUAAAAAAGACUGCUGCUGUUGCAAAGGUUUCAAGUCCUGCGACAGAAACCCCAACUCCCAAAAUUGCACCUCUCAACAUAAAGGCACUGAAACAACAGUCUAAGGAGAGGCAAGCCUUGAAAGCGAGCAACAAAACAAAAUCAGAUGAAACUUUUACAUGCGAGGAAUGUGGUCAAAUAUUCAGUUCAAGACUAAAGUAUAAAAAGCAUUCAUGGACACACAAGCCAAAAAAUGAGCAUCCACACAGAUGUGAUGUGUGUGACAAGCUCUUUGCAACCGCAUUCACACUUGAGCGACAUCAGGCUGCUCACUGCAAAGGCAUGCCUAACUGCUGUGAGAAAUGCAGGAAAGGAUUUGCUACUCCGGAGGAUUUGGCUAAACACGAAGAGACUCACAAGGACUAUCGAUGUGAAUGUUGCUCCCAGCUCUACUUGAGCUAUCGAGGGCUUCGAAAACAUUACACACAGUUUCACAAAAAUGAGAUGUUACAGAAACAGCAAAUCAGUAGCACUGCAAGAGAAGAUGGAGCAACAGGCAAGGGUGAGUCUGAGAACGGUGCUGGUCAGAAGGAACACAAGUGUGUUACAUGUGACCUCGGAUGUGACAGUGAGGACGCAUUAGCAGCGCACUACAUGGAAUCUCAUCCAGAUCAGCAAGUCUUUCCCUGUGAAACUUGCCGCAAGGUGUUCACAGAUCGUGACAUGCUUCAGACACAUUUGCGCAAGCACAUGCAGAUUAAAACUGGAGAAAACUCAAGUGAGCAGACUUAUCUUUGUAACAUCUGUGACAAGGAGCUGAAGUCCCUGUCAACUCUUCGUGUUCAUGUACAGUCUCACAACAAGGUCCGGUCAUUCACGUGCGAUAUUUGCCAAGAAAAGUACACUACAGCAAGUAACCUACGCAAGCAUCGCAAAAUCCAUAACACAACGCGCAUGUACAAAUGCCCCCAUUGCCCAAAGGAGUUCACGACUAAUAACUACAAGUUGAAGCACAUCAAGCGUGUGCACACAAGAGAUUUCCAAUAUGGCUGCAGCCAUUGCCCAAAGAAGUUCCUGGAGAAAAAGCGAUUCCAACAACACAUGGUACUCAUGCAUGCCAGUAUGCUCACUGAAGACGACUAUGCAACUAUGACACUGGUAAAGAAGUUGCACUGUAGCCUGUGUUCCUACGUGACAUACAGCAGCAAGAGCUUCAGGCAACAUGAAGUUACCCACACUGGAAAGUAUCCCCAUACAUGCAGUGAAUGCAACAAAGGCUUCACAUUCCGGUUCGAAUUGACCAAGCACGUGCGCUGUGUGCACCAGGCCCAAUUCUUCCGCUGCGAGAGCUGCAAGCGUACCUUUACAGCCGAGGAAACCUACAAGAUACACAAGGAGCACCAUGACCGUGGGCUUGGUUUCACAUGCACCGAAUGUGGAAACAUGUAUGAGACUCAGGGUCACUAUGAGCAGCACAUGCAGGCGCAUUCCAGUGACCUGCCUUAUGAGUGCCCCACUUGCAACAAGCGCUUUGCCUUGACACGAUCACUAAACCUUCAUCGCCUCUCGCAUGACAAACAGAGGACACCCCGGCCACGGCCUUACAGUGGAAAUCGCAGUUGGGAGUAUUACUGUGAACUUUGCAAUGUCUUUUACAAAUAUGGUUCUAGCCUGGUGGCCCAUCGUGUGUGUGUGCAUGGAAAUGGCCCGACUACUACUUGUCCUUAUUGUGAUAAGAAGUUCAAUAGCCGGCUGACGCUGUCAAUGCACAUACGCAUGCACACUCGGGAGCGCCCCAUGCGCUGCAGCUAUUGUGGGAAAACCUUCCGCGUCUGGAACAGCCUCAAACGACACGUUGUCACAAGUCACACGAAGGACUUCAAGCUUUUCUGUCCACUAUGCAACAAAGGAUUCGUCUCGAGGUCCUACCUAAAGGUGCAUCUUAAGAGUGCACACAAAGCUGUAAUGUCAGGCCCUGGUAAGCGGAAGCGGUUGCCUGAUGGCCCCACUGCAGCACAGCAUCCUCCUGCACGCACGACGACAGUACAAAAGCCGCCUGUCAUCAUACCCAUGCCCGCUAAACUUGACCGCUCCACCCUCGUACCACAGGCCAGGAGGCCACGCCACCACACAGCAAAAGCAGCUGCUGUGUCCACUGCCCCUGUGGCUACCCAGCUUCCUCUGGUGCCCCCACCCACGCAGGUGGAUGCCUCGCAGCAACCGCAGCCACACCGCCCACAACAGCUUCCAGUGGAGCGGCCUGAGCUGCAACAGCAGGCACAAUUGCAGCAGCUGCACUUGCAGCAGCUACAGCUGCAGCCGUCACAGAUGCACCCACAGCACCUACAGCCAGCUCGGCAGCAUGCACAGCAGCAACGGGAUCUUUUUGAAAUGCAACAAAUCCCACACUUAGAAACAGACACUUACUCGCUCAUGUUAUUGUGAAAAUCUUUCAUUUUCCCAUCACUUGCCUGCAAUUUCUUGGGCAGGACUGUUGCUCUUGUGGACUGCUAUCAGGAGUGCUGUGUGCUUUGUGCAUGAAUCAUACUGGGUUGAGGAUGGAGGUUAAGUAUAGUUCACAGGCUUAUGCAAGUAAAUUUCUGACCUGGGCUGUGCUGCAACUUUUUUUGAAAUGAGUAAUGCUGAAGUUUCACUUUGUUGAGGUGUAGAAACAUUGAAAAAGAUGUUACCCACAGAGGAUUUAAUGGGUAUUUGCAACACUGAGACUCACUCAAGUGAACCAUUUCUCUGUGUGUUCUCAACUUUAGCAUUCACUAAGCUUUUUAAGUUUUGUAGUAUUCAUUCAAGUUGCUAAAAGUAGCGUUAGAAUGUCUGACCAUAGUAGGUGUUAAGUACAUCUAUCAUCACCCAGUGUUUCCACUUGUAGAAGUUUUUGUGCAAAGCAUACACCUACUUGUGGUUUAUUUUUAUCACCCAUAGGAAAAUAAAAUUUACAAGCAAGCAGUGCUCCUCUGAUUUGAAAGUAAACUUUCCGAUAUAUACUAGUAUGUCUUUAUUUUUAUAGUCAUAGCAAGCAUUAUAUAACAUUAAAAUGUGAGAAACUCAAUGUGGCAUUACAAAGCACGUUUUCCUUUUCUUACAGAAUUAUUGUUACAAGCUUGCAUAGUUAUGGUCACUUAUUCAGCUUUCACUCAUCAGAGAGAUCAAAAUUCAAUAUAUUUAGUUCAUGUCUUCUUCGUUUAUUUAUAUAACAUGAGAGCAUGUAAAAACCAGCCCAGUGUUUUUAUUCUUAUUUUUGUGUGUUCUUAUGGAAGCUUUCAAUUUUAAGCUUGUAUCGCUUUCAGUCACUUCAUAACUCUUCAUCCGAGUGUUUCAUAGAAAUAUAUCUGUAGUUCACGCCUUCUAUACUAUUUUUUUAAAUUUUAUGAUCAUUGAAAGCGGUAAAAAAUUGCAAAGCUUAUGUAAUUUUUUUGCCCGUGGAAGUUUAAUUUUAUCAUUGCAAAAUGUUUAGACAUUCAUAUUCAUUUUGAAUAAAUGAUAUACAUUGCAGUCCACUUAUAAAGAUAGCACUUAUAAUAACAGGUUGUAGCAGUGGGCUUUGUCUGCAAUGAACUGUAUAGUGAAGCUCUGUAAGAUUGGUCUGUGUACAUACUUCAAUUAUUGAAUUUUCUAAUACUCUUAAUGCCUUUAUAAGUAGACUGCUAUGUGAAUGUUGUUCAUGUGUACUUUGGCAAGUCUGUAACAUGCUUUAGGAUGUUUGCUUCUAGGUCUGACAGGGAACCAAGCAUUGUAAUAUGUGAAAUGACAUGAAGCAUAAUCCACAGGCUUUCCAAGAAAUCUGAGGUCGCAAGCUAGCAUUUGCUAUGAACAUUUUUGUAAAAAUCAUCUGUUCAAUACUCACAGCAACAGCGCACGAGCAGUGAACAGAGUGGGCUGUUAAAGGCAGACUGCACUUUGGUUCACAGUAGGAUUGCAUCACAGCUUAAGUGUUGUGCUAAGCAAAAUUAUGAAUGACUUUGCUUUUUACAGUUCAGCAUGCUUGUUACAUAUUGCAUUAGUCCUUUACCUCAAAAGGAACUGUCCAUUUUUGUGGCCAUGUACAACAGUUUUAAGUUAUUCUUUGUGUUUAUAUGUCAUUGUGUCCUCAUUUUCAUUGUUUCAUGUGCUUACUGCCCUAAGCAUCACUAUGGAAAGAAGCACUGCAAGCAGGAAGGUCAAUGUAAAUGUUUCCUGAAUGCAAUGCUUUGCUGCAUAUGAACCAGUUUUAUCACGUUUGU